AGUCUCUCAACUCACACUCGGGGACUGAUUAGAUUGGCGCACUCUUCCUGAUGGCUGACAAGCGAUAAGGGGCAAACGCUAUCAGGAAGUAUCGCUCUAUGUGGGCCGGCCUUCCUCCCUCGCCUAUUCGCCGUGCACCCAGACGCUUGCCUCCCAGCACUCAUACAGUGAGGCGACCCAGUUACCGACCAGUCAUUGCUUUAAGGGCGUUGUGUGGAGAACUUCAGCCAUAAGUCCGUGUGUAAGGACGGGGAAGAGUGACCGUCAUCAGAGCUGUCUCCACCGUGUUGAUUCAGUCCUCCCCCGCUGAGAGGAAUCGUGUCUCUGUUUGCCAUGGACACCUCGCCGCCCCCCUACAGUGAUGCCCCGUCCAAGCCCCCGCCGUACAGCCCAGAGUCAGGGGCCCCGGGACUCUCAACACCGCCCCCUCCAGUGGGCUUCCAGGUGUCCAGCCCACAGGCGACCGUCACCACUACCACCGUCGUGAGCGCUCCGCCUCCCCCAACUCAAGUGGUUCUGGUCCAGUCGACAUGGUCCUGCCCAGCCUGUAAGCAAAUGGGGUUCGUCCAUGAGGAGUUCACCAUGUGUGGAAUCUGCCUGGCCAUCUGCUUCUUCCCCCUCGGCCUCAUAUGCUGCUUCAUGAUGAGGAGGAGGCGCUGCUCAAACUGCCGGGCUAUCAUUCUCUAGCCACCACCACCACCACCACCACCGUUUGCUCCUCGUAUAGUGAAGUGACCUGUUGUCUUGUCUGUUCAGCCCAAGGUUAGAACACGUCAGGGAAAUACCUCCUCCCGUUGGUGCUGAACCCGGUAUCAGGGGGAUCGUGUUUCUUAAUGGUCCCUCCAAGCGAGAAAAAUGAGAAAAAAUCACCCCUCACACAAACCAUUUCAUAAUAUAUAUCAAAGCAUUUGUGAUCAGUUAAGUAUCAUCUGUUUUGGGGGGUUUAAAUCAUGGCACAAAUUUGGCCCAUCGCUGCUACACGGUAAAGCCACAAAUUUGGCCCGUCGCUGCUACACGGUAAAGCCACAAAUUUGGCCCGUCGCUGCUACCGGGUGAAGGAAGGGCAUUGCGGCUCUCUGGUGCUGCUAAUUGGUGGACAGGUGAUCCGAGGGAGGCUGGGCCAAAAUCUGUCUUCAGGUACUCGGUUGAAGAACAGCAGACGGGGCUUCUACUCUGACGCAUUCUCAUCUUAGGCUAAAUAGUAGUUUUAGCAGUAGUAGUAGUAGUAGUAGUAGUAGUAGUAGUAGUAGUAGUAGUAGUAGAAGAGGAGAUGGCGCCACUAUAAAAACUUGCCUGCGCCAUGACGAGCUGGGGCCGACUACCAUCCAAGCCUUUCAAGAGAGCCUACGGGCGCUAUAGGCGUACACGUAAAAUAAAAAAUAUAUAUAAAAAAAGUAGUAGUGGUAGAGAGAGAGAGAGAGAGAGAGAGAGAGAGAGAGAGAGAGAGUAUUGCAGUAUGUUUGACGCCAAUGUACCGAUGCGGGAAAGCAUGUUAAGUGGAGAGGGGAGGAGUGUUUAGUCAGAAAGAUUAACAAUGACCGGCCUUGUCUCUUACUGUAACCCUCGUACAGUGAAAGACAACACCUUAAUCUAUAUACACCAAGUCAAGCCACGCGCAGGUUUGUGGGAGGAGACACGGCCGAGGAGGCGUGGUUUAUGCGUGACGUUGCUUGGAGCCAAACUAGAGAAUGUAGAAACAGGGAUUUAGAGAAAACGAGGAAAGGCGGACUAAUUUGAAUCAAUCACUUCAACAUGCCCUCCCUCACACCCCACACCGCCGUUUGUAGGCAUUGGAAUUACAGUCACGCAAUAGCACAAUAAAAAGACAUAUUUUUCCGUCAGUGGCUUGCCUGAACGCGCUGUGAAAGAAGGCGAGAAUGUACAUCCAGAGUGCACACACGGCCCCAACUUUAGUCACCCCUGAACUGACGGGUAUUUCUUUUGGGCUCCAAGUGACGUCAUCCUAAUGCUCCACCCCAAAACCGCCUCCUGCGCGUGACAUGACUCGGUAUAUAUAGACUUUGGUGACAACAUCCAUGCCAAAGGAGAGCCGUGAGCUAUACCGACCGGCAAUUCUUAGCGCUGACGAGUAGGUGUUCCCUCCAGUCUGUGUAUCUGUUUUCAUAAAUUAUCCCAGAAAUCAUCAACUAAGGAACAAUGAGCUAUGUGCGAUUGGUUCAUGAUAUGCAGGACACGAAGUCACACAUGCAGAAAUGCUGUACAUGUGCCCCGUCAAUGUGGUGGUAGUAUAUUAGCAGGGGUGUGGAGUCGGAGUUAUAAUUUUCCGACUCCCACUCCGAGAAAUUUUAAAGUUGCGACUCCGACUCCGACUCCGGCCAAAUGUAGCCGACUCCACCGACUCCGACUCCGACUCCACACCCCUGUAUAUUAGUCAAUUGUUAUGUGGCUGUCACGGUGGGUGUAUAGCUGGGAUGGAGCAAAUAAAUCAUACAAUCGAA